CCAGGGGUUAGGCUAUUGGUUCUAUUUAUUUUGUGCAAUAAUUCUGCCUACUCACUUAUGACUGAUAGCUCAGUAUAGAUUCUGUAUCUUUAGACAGGCUGUGUCCAGAAUUGGUCCUACAUUUUCUUGCCUGAAAAACUGAGGUAAAGGGUAGACAGAUUUAAAUUUGAUUGACCAGUGAAUUUCACUUCUUUCAAGCUACAUAGUGAAACAAGUCUGUACGAUUAAUCACUUACUAAAAAUUUUUUGAUCUACUCUGAAGUUAACCACCAUCAUCGAAAUGUUUUGUGGAGACUAUGUGCAAGGAACCAUUUUCCCGGCUCCCAUUUUCGACCCCAUGAUGGAUGCCCAAAUGCUAGGGGGAGCACUCCAAGGAUUCGGCUGUGACAAAGACAUGCUGAUCAGCGUUCUAACUCAACGCUGUAAUGCACAAAGGCUGGUGAUUGCGGAGGCAUACCAGAGCAUGUACGGCCGGGACCUGAUCGGUGACCUGAAGGAGAAGCUCUCAGAUCACUUCAAAGAUGUUAUGGUUGGCCUCAUGUACCCACCACCAUCUUAUGAUGCUCACGAACUCUGGCAUGCCAUGAAGGGAGCAGGCACUGAAGAGAACUGUCUCAUUGACAUAUUAGCUUCAAGAACAAAAGGAGAAAUUUUCCAGAUGCAAGAAGCCUACUAUUUGCAAUACAGCAGUAACCUUCAGGAGGACAUUUACUCAGAGACCUCAGGACACUUCAGAGAUUCUCUUGUGAACUUGGUCCAGGGAACCAGAGAGGAGGGAUAUACAGACCCUGCAAUGGCUGCUCAGGACGCAAUGGUCCUGUGGGAAGCCUGUCAGCGAAAGACAGGGGAACACAAAACCAUGCUACAAAUGAUCCUAUGCAACAAGAGUUAUCAACAGCUGUGGCUGGUUUUCCAGGAAUUCCAAAACGUUUCUGGGCAAGACAUAGUAGAUGCCAUUAAUGACUGUUAUGAUGGAUACUUUCAAGAGCUGCUAGUUGCAAUAGUUCUCUGUGUUCGAGACAAGCCAGCCUAUUUUGCUUAUAGGCUACAUAGUGCAAUCCAUGACUUUGGUUUCCAUAACAAAACCUUAAUCAGGAUCCUAAUUGCCAGAAGUGAAAUAGACCUGAUGACCAUAAGGAAACGAUACAAAGAGAGAUACGGAAAAUCCCUAUUUCAUGAUAUCAGAAAUUUUGCUUCAGGGCAUUACGAGAAAGCUCUGCUUGCCAUCUGUGCUGGGGAUGCUGAAGACUACUAAAUCAAGGGCAGGCUUUGGAGGACUGGGUACUCCUCUUUAUACAUGUCAAAAUAGAGAUUUUGUCAUAAAUUUGCAUUGUUAGUGGCAUUAGAACAAAACUAUAGAAUAUUUCCUCUUCUAUCUUGAAAAUUAUUCUAAACUAAAGAAAACUCUAUUGACAAAUUUAAAUGAAACUGAAUUUUCACUUACUAGCUAAACCAAUAAUUCUUUAAAUGGUGUAUAAUGGACUAAUAAAAAAUUACUGCAUUGAACUAAAAUUUAUUUAAAUGUGAACUAUCAACUCCCUACAAUAAGAGACUCUGCUUAUAGCUGUCUUUAGCAUGUUUUGGGAGACCAUCAAAAACAGUGUGCUCCCACAGAAGAAUUUUCAAGACUCUUGCACAAAUGCAAUACAACUAAAGUGAACAUCUAAAGCCAACUUUAAAAGAAAAGUAUAAAACAGCAAAAUGCAGUCAGACAUAUGCUUAUCAGACUUAGAUGUGCAAGAAACUUGAAAGUAAAAAUAUAUGCAUGUGUGUGUGUGUGCAUGCAUGUGUGCAUAUGUGCUUGUGUGUGUAUGCUUUUGACAACCACUAUGGUAAAGGCAAUUUAUCUCUAGCUAUUUUUUUUAUGUGUGUUGAUGCCUAACCAACUAUUUGCCCAAUGCUUUUGCCUACACUUCUUAAUAUCAGCAUCAAAGCCUUUUGGAAAUUAUCACAUCCUUUGUCCCAUCAGUAGAGCCUGGUCCUUUAUGUGUCUCAACAUUUAGUAAAUUAAGAACAGCCAAAGAAAAAUAUUCACCGAGGUCAGUUUGGAGGAAAACCUAGAUUAAUGCCACAAUACAGCCAAGAAUAAAAUCAGAGAUAGGGAUGGAUGAGUCCACUACAGAAGGCUCCCAACAUAAGCAAGGAUCAACACAAAAACCUAGAUCAUGGGAAGAAGUGAUUGAUGAAGUCAGGCAAGGGAAGUGAGGACAUAUAUGCAAUAAAUCUAGAUGAACUGGUGAAGCUGAUAGCAGUGCUUUAUUCCAUAUGGAACAUUUUUCAAUAGCCUAUAGCCAAUUUCCUAGAGAUACAUUUCUAUUGGUCUCAGGAGAAAUGAAAAAUCUGGUACUCAGAAUCUGGUAUCUGACAGGAGGAAUGAUACAGAACAUUUAGCACACAGUGACCGGGUACAAUAUGAGACAUUUUAGACUUCUGAAAUCAAUUUCAAGAUUCCAACUUAGUUUAUUCUAGAAGACUACUGCAGUAAGUGGAGAGGUCUGUUGCAAUAGGGAAAGGGAAGUUAAUUCAAGAGGAAAAACACUCGACUGUGGGAUUUUCGGGGAUCUCAAAGCUUAGCCAGAAAAGAUUUUUAAUGUAUGGGGACAAGAAAACAAGACUAGAAAUAAUCAGGUGUGAGAAAAUGGGGUGAAUAUGUGGUAAGGUUGGUUGAUAAGGGACAGUUGAUUCGAUAUUGGCCAGUUGAUCAGGGACAGGUGAUCUGAGAUACCUCCAGGCAGUUUUUAGGAAGAGCCUAAAGGUAGAUUAAAGUUCAGAAUCAUGGGGAGGAGACAGCUUGACUAAAGUUGGUCAAGUCAGGCGAGUGGGCAUUUUGUCCAGAUUGGUCAGCAGGAGAAAAUGGUUCAGCUAAUCAUUUAUGAGACAAAGACUGGGAAUUUGGAGGGUAUGUUGAGGACUGUCAUAGGUAAACAAGGGGGUCACCUGCAAGUCAAAUCUAAGUCGUAUAAGAAAGGGUGGUUCUUUGUAGUAAGCUAUUUCCUGAAACACAAAGAGGCAGGAAAUUUCUUGAUCAUCUCUGUUUUCUAGGGCACAGUACGUGAAGUUUAACAUUGUCAGUCUUCUAUUUUUUCCUAAGUUUGGUCUUGAAUGCUUCACUUAGUUGUUUAAAUGCUAACACAACAUUGUCAUCUUCAUCAUCACAUAAUUCACUUAGUGAAAUCCUGUAAAAGAUUAAGUGUUUAAAUUAUUAUCGUUGUUAUUUGAAUGUUCCAUGCUGGUUAUAUGAUCUUCAAAUGCAGAAAUGUUUACUAUACCUGAUGGACUGAAUAACGAGUACAAAAUCUCUGAUUAAAUUAAAAGCAUCUCCCAUAUUUAAUCUAGAGGAGAAAAAAGACAAAGUAACAUUUAAAAGAAUAAAUUUGUUUUUGAUGUAUUAUCAAUCUACAGUAAAAGAAAUAACAAAUUAUCAAUGAAUUGCAGGCUUUUCUAGAGACAAAAUAAAAACAGAUAUGGAAAGACUG